GCUGGACGCUUGCGCAAGAAAAAGCGCCACUUAACAGCGUUUCCUCCUCCGAGCAACGCCUGCCAUUGGCUACCGAGCAUUCCCGAGCGGCUUCGUACACCUCCGGAAAAAAAGCCGAAGGAGGGGGCAAAGGGGAGGGAGAGCAAACGGCUGGAGCGCGGCGCGGUGCAUUCUGGGGCGGAAGCAGAGAGUCACCGCUCCGUUAGGGCCGCCAUCUUGUCUGCGUCCGGACCUGCUGCUGCUCUCGGGGCCUGCUCGUUCUUCUCGUCGCGUGAAGCGGUGGAAAGAGUGAGGACGCGGCGCACGGCCGGGUGGUGCUGAUGCGUGCAGGGUCUCCUCGCUCCUCCCUCGGGCGCCGCUAGUAGAAGGGGGCGGGGGUAGCCGGGCGGUCUCCGGCGCGGCCUUUCCUCUCCUCGGCCGGGAUGGGUCGGUCCCGCAGCCGGAGCUCGUCCCGCUCCAAGCACACCAAGAGCUCAAAGCACAACAAGAAGAAUCGGAGCCGCUCGCGGUCCCGCUCUCGAGAGAAAGAGCGGGCGCGAAAGCGCUCCAAGUCUCGGGAGAGCAAACGCAACCGGCGCCGCGAGUCCCGGUCCCGGUCCCGCUCCAACACGGCCCCCUCCUCCCGCCGCGAUCGGGAGCGCGAACGCGAGCGCGCCUCGUCCCCGCCGGACCGCAUCGACAUCUUCGGGCGCACGGUGAGCAAGCGCAGCAGUUUGGACGAGAAGCAGAAGCGGGAGGAGGAGGAGAAAAAAGCAGAGUUCGAGCGGCAGCGGAAAAUGUGAGUGCCGGGCCUGGGCUGGGGGCUGCAGGGUGUGAGAUAGGUGGGUGGGGAAGGAAGGGGAUGCUCUGCGUUGCAGUGCCUUCCUUCCCUAAGCUGGAGCCGUCUGUUAUUGGCGAGAAUGCGCUGAGGCCUUGUUGAGGCCUGCUGCUGCCUGUUUCCCGCCAUCUCCUUCCCGAAACGUUUGUACUAUCGGGUGUGUUGAGGCCUCCCGCUCCGAGCAGGGCGGGCUGCACGCAGCCUUCCCGUCACCCAGCAACGCGUGCUGUCUGUAUGUCGCGCUGCUGCGCUGCUCUUAAACUUCGUCCGACGGUGAGGCCUCAGCGCCCGGAGGCUUUGUGCUGCGCUUCCACGCUUCGCGCCCCUCCCCUUAGCGUGGCGCUUGCUGUGCGUCGAGAGGAGGCAUUCGGGAUGGCCCAUCUCUGGGUUUGAAGAAAUGCUGAGCAGUCACUAUGGUAACUUGGAUUUUGUUGUACUGUGUAUCAACAAGGGGGAGAGCGAAAUCCGGAGAGUUGCUUCAAAUGGAGCUCUUCCUUUUAAAGUUUUUGUUGUGGGAAAUGCAGGUAUGCAUAUAGUCUGCAGGUAGAAGGAGGAUUCAUUUUAGUAACGUUGUGUUACCUUAAGAUGUUUAGUAACCUUCUUAAGUUAGGAAAGAGGCCUUUCUUCAGCAAGAGGAUGUAGCAGUUAUGCUAAAGUGAUUAAUUUUUGGAUGCUACCCUCACUGGUCAAAGGGCUAGACGUAGAGGUAGCAUUUAUUUGUACAUGUGAGGCCAGCAAGUUCUGAUAAUUCUUAUGUGAAGCUUUGAGUUUCUAUUCAACUAUGUUAUUCUGAUGAAACUCAUUUUGUAAUUCAGAAGGUCUGAGUUGUCACUUUCAAUUUUAUUUUUCAUCUUCAUUUACUUCAGAAUUUGGCAGUGGUGUCACGCAGACAUGUAGAAACGUUAAGGGCUCUUUGAGUCAUUGACCCUAGCUUUGCAGUUCAGAAUUUUCUUUGGUACCUAAGUUAAUAACAAGUAUUUUCUGCACCUCUGGAAUGAAGAAUUGGAAUGCCCAUAAUUAUUUGGGAAUAUAAUGAAUAAUAUAUCUUGGUAUUCCUUCAGAUGGAUCUUAUUUCAUAGAUGCAUCUUAUUUCAUAUGUGUUCUUUUAAAUAAAUGGCUUUUAAAAUAUUAUUUAAAUUAUUUUAAAGACUACUAAAUAAAUAACAAAAUAAAUGCUGUCUAACUUAAAAUAUAAACAGUGUUGGUCUUGGUUAUUAAGUUUAUUGUCAAUCUGUGUCCAGAACUCAGAAGGUGAAAGAGAGAAUCAGUUCAAGUAGUUGAAAAUGAAGUAUUCGUAAUAUUUUUUUAAAAAUAUAUUUUAAAUAUCUGACCUUUCUGUUUCUGUGGAGUGUACUCACUGAAAACAGCCCGAUCGGUAGCUCAUAAAGUAAAAUUUGAUGUAGCAACAUGCAUUUCAAGUCUUCUUUUUUUCUGUGCUAAGUUACCUGUGCAAGUUAGAAAACUUUGUAAUUUGAAGAUCUCCUGAAGUCCAUGUAGGAAGAAUGUGAUGUUUGGUUGGUACUGACAACAGAAUAAUAAACUUGUGAGCAAGAAGAAUUGUUGGAAAAUAUUAGACUGUUGAUGCUUCCAGAACACACUUUGUGUUUCAAAAAGAUCAAGCAGUAAAUCUCAAUGCAGCAUAAACCUAUGGUAUUUGUGUAAGACAUCCCUAAUUGGUGUUUUAUAUAGUCAUGUUUGGGAAGAAAAAAUACUUGCUGACCGAAUUAACUGGUGGACAGAUUGUAUGUGGAAAAUUACUUUUCGUGUCUAUUCAAAUCUUAAUAUAUACCAUGACUUCUGCUUUUAAUAUCAUUCCAGUUUUCUAUUAAAAAAAAAAAUGGUAGCCAUGUGUAAUUGGUGGGUUGUCCCUCCACUUCUUCCCCCACCAUUAGAAGUCUGUCUAUUGCUAAGCAUACUUUGCAUAUUUUCUAGAACUGGUCUUCAGGAAGUAAAUGGAAGAUACUAAAAUUAUUUUCACAUUAAUGACUUUUCUGUUUAUAUGGAGUUAUUGCUCAGAGUGACAUUUGUGUGUAAAAUACCGUAAGUACUUGUGAUUAAAAAAAAAAAA